CUCUGUCUGAAAACUGAUUGGUUCGAACUAUAGAUGGUCUUGCAACUUUUUAGGCAAGUUAUUGUUAGUCACUGUAAAAGUUAAACCGCGAAGCGCGCGCACACGUCCAGUUAAAUGACUCUUCUCCCAGUCACCGGUAUCUUUAAUGUUAUAUGUGGAAUAUAGCUGUUUUUUUUCCCCCGGGAAUGAUUUCAGCUCAUCAUAAAGGUGAAGUCUCCUUCGACGACGAUGAUGAUGGAUCACGGUCAUCUCCGACGGAGCGUUCAGUCCGGGCGCCAAUUCUCUCAUUCAGCGUUGAGGCUCUCAUGUCAAAGAACCGAACAAAAAGUGAAUCAACUUCCCCCGAGCCGAUUCGGAUGCCAUGCAUAAUAAAUCGGGAUAAUCGAUCCGUGUUAGCCCGAUAUUCAGAAGCGCCAGAUUCAAUGGAUUUCCCCAAAGAUUGUUUAUCUGUCAAUAAAGACUCUUCAUCCUUAAUCAAUAAACCCAGGUCAUCAACACUACCACGACCACAGAGUCCCUCUACAUGCGCUCUCAGAAAACACAAGACCAACCGUAAACCUCGAACCCCUUUUACCACUACUCAGCUCUUGGCCCUCGAGCGAAAGUUCAGACAGAAACAAUACCUGUCUAUCGCAGAACGGGCUGAGUUUUCCAGCUCUCUCAGCCUGACUGAGACACAGGUGAAGAUCUGGUUCCAGAACCGGAGAGCGAAGGCCAAACGACUUCAGGAGGCAGAGCUGGAGAGGCUCAAAAUUACCACCAAACCUAUUUUACAUGGCCUCGCUGUGUCAUUUCCACUCUGUACCCAACCCCAGACAGCAGCACUAAUCUGCGCACAGUCUUUUCCCUUCCACAGACAUAUGCUGCCCAUUCCACCUGUUGGAAUAUACUCAACCCCAAUGGGCUACAAUGUGUGUCCUCUAUCUAAAGAUAUUCUGUAGAGUCAGUCUAGAGGAUCUUAUCUAAACUAUUGCAUCAGCAUUAAUUCUUCUGUCAUGAAAGCACCUCUGAUUUAUGUGUGUGAGAUGCUGACAUUGCUUAAAUGUUGAAAGGUGGUAAUGAUGCAUGAUUUUAUAUAAGCUUAAGAAUAAUUUAGUUUUUAUGUUGUAAAUGCAAAAGCCACAUACAUUGGAAGAAACCAUGAAUAAGUGGUUAGAAGUUUGUUUUCUGAUUUUACAGUAAGACUAAAUGUAUUAGCAAUUUGUAAAACAUUCAAAUCAUAUUAGCAUAAAAUGCUGAUCAAUAUUUUGUAUUAAACUAGUCAGUUGAGCUCAGUGUGAUUUAGGGUGUUAUUUUUGAUUCCCACAAAAGAAAAACAAUCUAAAUAAAUUGGUUAUUAUUUUACCCAUAUAACCUUAGAAUAAAAUAUAUUUAUAUAGUGGUUCAAAACUGAAAUGUUUAUCUGAAACAAAUGUAGCAUAAUAUAUGUUUUACAGCUAUUAUGCAUUGCCUCUGUUAAUGUAAAUUAGUGUAAUUUUAAAAAUAUAAAACAAUAUAUAUCCUAAAUAUCCUUUCAAAUUUCAAAGUAUAAAUUAUUAAGAUUAAAAACAUUUUGCUCAGAUUUGUGAGGUGUGAUUGUUUUACAGAAACAGAUCAACCCAUCCUUAAAGCCUCAGGAUUGCUAAUUCUUUUUAAAUUGAGAUGCUGAAAAGAGGCUUUUAAGCACCUAUAAUCAGUGGAAAUGACCUGUGCAGCUUUCUUCAUGCUGGUGGUCCCAGGAAAGUUAAUUAAACGGUGUCAUUACAUGGCACGCUAAAACACUUGGUCAGCCAUGUAGGUAUUUUAGUUCGUAAAUCUCCCUGUGUGCUGCAACAGUGGAAUGUGUUGACCUAUCACAUUUCUACAAUGACUUUAAUCUCCUUUAUGUAUCAUUCAUAAUGGAUUUGUUGCCUUUGUUGUAUGGCUGGCUUUCCAUUAAAUAAUUUA